GUGCAUAGUACAGCUCAAAAUGUUCAAAGCUUCGCGAUUUCCUUGUCAAUUAGUCUCUCCGCGCAACAAAUUAUCAGAAAGUGAUAUCUCAAUAUAGGCAGUCUUAAUCACAAGGAAAAAUCAUGGCUGCUAACUUCACAACCCAGGACUUCACGAAUGCGAACGUUCAGAAUGCCCGAAACCCCCAUCCGGUCUAUGGUUAUGCACAUGGUCCGAUCACCAACCCCAAUGCCGACUGGGUCCCUAAUUCUCACGCCGUAACGGAACCCGGUCGCCCACUGCCUGCGCUUUCUGCUGCAGAGAACGCUAGCUCGAAGCCCCCGGUACCUCUACAAGUGCUCCCUUGUUGGAUUGAGAUUGGGGUUGCGGGCUCUGGCCAGAUGUGUGGCCAUACCUUCGCCUCGCAGCCCGCCCUCCGCCGCCAUAUCCGAACCGCCCACCCUGGCGCUGUUACCAACCCACGUCGUGCUAACGCCAGCGACCAGAUGAUUCUAGCUGGACAGAAUGCGCUUAAGCAAUUCGUGGUAUCCAAAGGCUGGCAAAAGGCCAGCUUCCUCCAUGAGCCUAGCCUUACUAGCGGUCUUAUUAACGAGUACGCUACGGCCUGCGAGCAUCCCUUUGGCACUGCGAGUGCCGAGGACUGUCGCGAUGUGCUCGAAAUUGUCAAUCUGUGGACCAUCGUGAUGGAGCGUGGCGGCCUGGAUGCUGCCAUGAACUCCGCUGCACGUUCCCAAGGACCAACGUCAACUAUUCUCGCUGCGCACGCCGUGCUCAGGCAGAGAAUACGCGGUUCCUCGAACGGCAUACUCCUGCUAGAUGAAGUGUCUUCAUCGGUUGAUAAAGAGACGGAACGAAGCAUGCAAAGCAUUAUCAAGGCCGAGUUUCAGAGGCAUACGAUUGUAGCUGUGAGCCAUCGGCUAAACAUGAUCGUGGACUUCAAUACAGGUGUGGUUAUGGACAAGGGAGAGGUGGCUGAAGUCGGCAAUCCUCAGCAACUGGCCAGGACGGUGGACACCAAAUUCAGGGACUAA